UUCCUUCUGUCUCACUGCCAAACAUUUCCCUCGCCUCUGCUGCGGGAACCUUUGUUUUACCUCUUUCGGAGCCAGCUGAUGCGCGGACCGGUUCGAAAGAAGCCACCGGGAACGGACCGAGUGGCGGGGCGGAGCGCUUCUCUACAGUUUGACUAAUUUGGGAUUCGGGGCCUUUUUCGCCUGUCCUGCGUUUCCAGACGUGUCUCUAAAGCGUUAAUGUAAUUCAAGGCUGAGUACUCCUUGGAGGAAUGUGUUUGCAAUGGCUGCUACUGUGAACUUGGAACUUGAUCCCAUUUUUUUGAAAGCACUAGGUUUCUUACAUUCAAAGAGUAAGGAUUCUGCUGAAAAGCUAAAAGCACUGCUUGAUGAAUCCUUGGCUCGGGGCAUUGAUUCAAGUUAUCGUCCAACUCAAAAGUUUUCAGGUCUGGGAACCUAGAUACCAGACUGAGAAGGGGGAGAUAGAAUCACAAGAUUUGCCAAAGUUCAAUCAGAAUCUGAAGCUCAAGGAUGUGGAACCUCCCAAAAUUUCAAACACAAAAUCUAUUUCUAUUAAGCAAGAGCCAAAAACAUCAUCCAGUCUUCCUUCUGGCAAUAAUAAUGGCAAAGUCCUUGCAACAGAAAAGGUAAAGAAGGAAGCUGAAAAGAGACCUGCUGAUAAAAUGAAACCAGAUGUCACUGAAGGAGUUGAUAUUCCAAAGAAACCUAGACUAGAGAAACCAGAGACACGAUCCUCUCCCAUUACCGUCCAAACAAGCAAGGAUUUAGCUAUGGCUGAUCUUUCUAGUUUUGAGGAGACUAGUGCUGAUGAUUUUGCCAUGGAGAUGGGAUUGGCCUGUGUUGUUUGUAGACAAAUGACAGUGGCAUCUGGUAAUCAAUUAGUAGAAUGUCAAGAGUGCCAUAAUCUCUACCACCAAGAUUGCCAUAAACCCCAGGUGACAGACAAGGAAGUGAAUGACCCUCGCCUGGUGUGGUAUUGUGCUCGAUGUACCAGACAAAUGAAAAGAAUGGCUCAAAAAACUCAGAAACCACCACAGAAACCAGCCCCCACAGUUGUUUCUGUAGCUCCUGCUGUCAAAGAUCCAUUGGUUAAGAAACCAGAAACUAAACUCAAACAAGAAACAACCUUCCAAGCAUUCAAGAGAGCAGAAGUCAAGACACCUCCAGUUAUUUCAGGAAAUUCUUCUAGUACCAAUGUUUCCUCUUCAGCAACUAGUGGCCUAACUGCGUGGGCAGCUUUUGCAGCCAAAACUUCCUCUGCCAGUCCAUCAACAGCAAAAUUAAGUUCAACAACACAAAACAAUAGUGGAAAACCUGCUACCUCAUCAGCCAACCAGAAACCUGUGGGUUUGACUGGUCUGGCAACAUCAUCCAAAGGUGGAAUAGGUUCCAAAAUAGGUUCUGGUAAUAAUAGUACACCCACUGUGCCAUUGAAACCCCCUCCACCUCUAACCUUAGGAAAAACUGGCCUUAGUCGCUCAGUUAGUUGUGAUAAUGUCAGCAAAGUAGGUCUUCCCAGUCCCAGUAGUUUAGUUCCAGGAAGUAGCAGCCAACUAAGUGGAAAUGGAAAUAGUGGUACAUCAGGGCCCAGCGCAAAUACCACUAGCAAAACAACUUCAGAAUCCAGCAGCAGUCCCUCAGCAUCCCUUAAAGGUCCAACUUCACAAGAAUCACAGCUCAAUGCUAUGAAGCGAUUACAGAUGGUCAAGAAGAAAGCUGCCCAAAAGAAACUCAAGAAGUAAUAUGACCAGCAGGCUUUUAUAUCAUUUUACCCCAAAGAUACAAAAGUUACUAUUAGGAUAUAAAUUGUAAUACACUGUAAUUUAAUAAAAAUCUUGGUUAUCAAAUUUCUAUUAUUUCUUACCUUAAAAUAUUAAAUAUUAUUUAGCAAAAUAUGAAAAUGUUUUAAUUUUAAAUUGGUCCUUCACAUUUUUUAUUUUAUUAAUUUUCAUAUUGUGUAAAAAUAAUGGGUAGAAUGACUAAUUCUUGAUGAGAACUUCAGAAGAUGAUAGUAUAUGCAAAUUUAAAGAAAAAGAAAUAGUUCAUUUAGCAAAAAGCCCAAGAGUUGAUCCUGCUGAAAGUGGUGCCUUGCAAGGGCAGGGAUGACCCAGUGUAAAGCUUUCUUGUUCUUCCCCCAAUAUUCUGAGUGCUCAGUGUCUAUUAUCAGCAUCAUUUCAACAGAUUCCCUCUCUCCAAUUUUUUCAUCUUUUUUUAAAUUAAUUUUUUGUAAUUAACUUUCCAGAUUCCUCUAUUAUAUCUUUGCCUUUUUAAUAACCUCCUUUCAAUUAUUUCAGAAUCUAUUUCUUCCAAUAGAUUGUGUAUACUCAUGCCCUUUUGAUAAACAGUAUUUUUCUCACAUUACCCACUUCCUUCCAUGUUGCCAGUGUAAUACAUGCAUAUAAUAUAUAGCCAAUAAAUUUUUGAAUAUUGACUCAUCCUCAUUAUGCACAUUCCUGAAAACUGAGUAAAAUAUCUAUUUCCAAGAGUCUUUGUGGAUAGGAAUUUAUAACUUGUUUACUUACAGUUUCUUUUUAUACCAUAAAAGAAAAGGAAGUUUUCACUACUCAAAAAUGUGAUAGCAUUUUAUCUAAAUUUUAUAUAAAAGAGGCUGCUAUACAAUGAUUAAUUCUUGUCGAUGUUUUGUACAUUGUUAAGUCAGAAAGUGCUUAUAGUUUUGAUUUCUUUGUCCACCAAGAUUUCAUGUGUUGGAAGCCCAAGGGUCAUUAGUAGGAGGUAGUAGGAGGUCCUUAGGUCAUUGGGAAUACUAUUCUGGGAAAGGAUUAAAGUUCUCCUGAGGGUGCUAAGCUCUCACAGAGUGUGCUAUUGUGUUAUAAAAGCCUGAGCCUGACUCCUGAAUCACUCUCUGGUUUCCUGUAUUAUGAAGUAAUCUCUCCCUCUAGUAUGAACUCCAAUCAUGAUAUCAUCCUCCAUGAGGUGGUGCAGCCAGGGGAUUUGUUGUGAAAGCCUGUGACAUAAUUUUGGACUUUGAGUCUCCAAAACUGCAAGCUAAAUAAACUUCCUUUCUUUAUAAUGUU